CCACCACGAACGAUGGAAAGUUGCCUUUUUAAGCUGCUUCAUUUAUUUAACGAAUAUAUAUUAUGUUGUUGUUAUAGGGAACACAGUUUGUUUGACUCGAGUGUAUAUUUCACCUAUCAGUGUUGAAUUAGCUAAAUAGAAUGUAGCUAGCUAAAACUAGCUGUAUGGGCAGGUCAGCAUUGAAAAACACGUCUUGAGAUAUGAAGACAUCAAAUUAGUGUAAAUUAGUUGGCUAACAUUUUUUGGUAAACUUUCCAAAUGUCGAUUUAAUAAAAUACGCUAGACAGGGUGGGAUCUUUUUGUGUCGGUAAAAUUAAUUAUGCGCUUUUAUGCGCAAAUAUUGAUGUAAUAACUUUUAUAUCCAAGUAAACUUGUAUCUCGAUGACAUGCUGUGCGGUCCUCCCACGGCAUUAGUUUUUUUUUCUGCCGGGGGAGAUUAUGUGCAUUGGCACAAAUAACCACAUCUGUAAUUUAAUUCCCGUCCGAAUUGACAAUGUCAGUCAUUUUAGAGGCAAGUGUGCUGUUUAGCUCACAGCUGCAGGCUUGGGCAUUUAGGAUUUAUUCUACUACGGAUCGCUAAAAUAAUGAUUAUGAUCACACUUCCUCAAUUCAAAUAUUAUGGCGACACCAUACCAAAGAUGGUUUAAAAUUUUGGGAGCCAAGAUUGAGUUCAGUGUAGCCUGGACAUGUUGAAAUAUCUUCAGGCAUAAAAUAAACACAUCCAGUCUUCCGUUAUAACGGUCAAUUUAUUUAGGAAAGAAGAAUUGUUACAGGGGGGUAGUUUGAAGAAAAAAAACGAAUUUCGUCCAAAUCACCUCACAAAAUAUGGAUAUUCUGUGGUAAUAAUUACAUAACCAACUUUCUCUCUGUAGGUUAAUAUUGAUGCUCCUUGACAAUAAAUAUUGAGGGUCUUGUUCUGGUGACAUGCUCAUCUUUGCUUGGCUGCUGUCGACAAAUAAUCUCAUGUAGGCCAGGGAUCUCCAACCCGGUUCCUGGAGAGAGCUAACCUGUAAGUUUUCGCUCCAACCCCAUAUGUCACUCACCUGUUUCACCUUAUCAACCAGUUACCAGAUCAUUUGUAUUUGUCAAACGGCAGCCAAGCAUCAAUGAUCAUGUCAGCAGAAUAAGACCCUCAAUAUUUAUUGGAAAGGAGCAUCAGCUUGCACUUUCACCACCCUCUAAAUUUCAUAAUUUAUGUCAUCUGAACCCAAGUAAACUGCAUGCUUUCCCUGACUAGAUGCAGUGCGAGGACCACACAGCAUGUCAUCUGGUGACUUCAAGUUUACUUCGAUGUGAUGGUUAUAUCAAUAUUUGUGCAUAAAAGCGUUUCCACCUACAUUUCUCACAUAAUUCAAUUUACCAACACAAAAAGAGCCCACUUGUAUAGCGUAUUUUGUUUUGUCGACAUUUGGAAAGUUUACUGAAAUCUGUUUCCAUUAGGCCUGUCUUGACAUGUUUUAUCCAAUGUACUUCACUCACAUAAAAAGGUUGGAUGUAAGCCUGGUUAGUGUUAGUGACAAAUCAUUAUUUUACUAUCAAUCUACAGGGCGCUUUCUCCAGUCCAGAGAAAGGAGCAUAUGAAAGACGAGGCCAAAGAGCGGGUGAAGGGAGAAAUAGGGUCCCACAAAGGAAGUGGCUGACCGGGGCAGGGAGAAGGAGAAGGGACGCAAAGGACGUAGCUCCACUGGGAGCAGCAGUAAGCCCCUCUCCCUGUCAGAACGUAACUCUGGCUCCAGUUCUUCCAGCGGCUCCAGUUCCUCCUCUGCCUUGAGCCGUUCCAGGUCUUCCAGCUCCCGAUCCUCCAGCUCCUCAGGGUCACCCAACCUCAUUCGCGGCCACAACAACAACCACCAAUGCUCACAGUCCAAAUCCAAGGAGAGGCGUAGGAGGAGCCCCAGCCCCUGACCCACCAAGGUGUACCUGGGCGGCCUCACCAGAAACGUAUUCAAGGGACACAUCCAGGAGAUCUUCGGCACAUAUGGCAAGAUCAAAAUGAUUGACAUGCCUGUGGACAGGCUCCACCCACACCUGUUGAAAGGUUACACCAACAUGGAGUUUGAGAUGGUCGUUGAGGCCGAGAAGGGUCUCAAACACAUGGAUGGAGGUCAGAUUGAUGGACAGGAGAUCAUAGCCCCCGCCCCCCUCACAGGAUGCCUCCACAAUGUGGCAACGCACCCCAUCCCGCAUAAGGAGAAGGUCUCGGUCACCACGGAGACGCUCUCCGGUUCGCCGCAGAACUCGCUUGCGCUCCCCCGGUUGCAGACGCCACAGCUCACGCGCCAGCUCGAACUCCUCCAGGUAGAGCUGCCUGGAACCCCUGACCUCACAGCUCCCCUCCUCCCUCAUUUUCCAUUUCUUCACUGUAAAAGUUUGUAUCUAAAGUUCUACCCAGCUUCCUAUCCAUGUGUCCUUCCCUCUAUUGAUCACUGACCUCACAGGAAAAAACAUGACUAUUGAGACAGCCUCUCUCUCACCAUAGUAUAUAUUUCUUUGGUCUAUAAGCAUAAUAAUAGUUGCUAGGAUCAAUCUGAGGCAAGAUAGCACUGUCAAGAGGAGUGAAAUGAACCCCCCCCCCUCAAGCCAGCACUGUCAAGAGGAGUGAAAUGACACCCCCCCCUCCCUCCCUCCUCAAGCCAGCACUGUCAAGAGGAGUGAAAUGACCCCCCCUCCUCAAGCCAGCACUGUCAAGAGGGGUGAAAUGACCCCCCUCCCUCCUUCCUCAAGCCAUUGUGAUUUGUUCUAAAGAGCUGAAAUGUGGUUGACAGAAUUCUCAUUUUUUUUAGAACUUUUAUAGUUUUGUACAUAGAUUUGAGUGUUUUGUUUCCAUAUGCAACUUAAAACUGUUUUUAGUUUGAGGCCAGCUUGACAUGUGCUGCCUGAUUUUUUUAUUUGUCUUGACAAUGAAAUGAAUGAGUCUCUGA